UCAUGCUGGAAAAUUGCCGAUGGUUGCUGUACGCGUCGCGUUUUUACGGGUGUCAUCCGCACACGAUCGACGAGCGAUCUCGCGUACCCCUCAGAUUUCGUCUAUUAUUAGCAUAUUCGCUAAUCGCGUGCGGUGUAUAUUGCGUCUGGACAUAUUAUGCGAAAGGCGCCAUGAACUAUUGCGAGGAGGAUAACAUAGUGGGUUGUGCUCAGCAGCUGAUGAAUCGGUACAAUCGAUGCCUUUACAUGAUCCUGUCGACGUUGCUGUCGUGCAUCCGACACGCGGAAUUCGAACGAGCUGUGGCUGUCGCUCGCAAAUUUGAUGAUUUAAUACGACAUUAUAAUAAUUGGUGCAUCGAUAAUAAACGAACAAAUUACUGUGCACAAUGGUUGAUUAUAUCAUUGAUUUUCGUCUCUUGGAUAUACAUUUACAUAUUAGUAGUAUUUGCUAGGACUCCACUAUCUUUGUACGCGUUUGCGUUACAACUCGUAAUGCGAAUUACAUUCUCGAUGGAGGUUGCGAAAUUUUAUUUCCUGUACGAUGCAUUGCGUCGCAGAUUUUGCCGCAUCAAUGGAUUGUGUCGUAAACUGAAUGCAUCGUAUUAUUCUUGUAAUAUAAUUUUAAUAAUAAACUUUUUUCACAUAGGAAUCGAUAUCGCAUCUGCAAUUCAUAUUAAACGUCUUACAAUUUCGAAUCUUCAACAACUGCACAGCUGUUUGAUGAAUGCAACACAUCAUUUGAAUUCUUAUUAUAGUCUGCAGUUAUUUUUUUGGAUCGUGUGCAUGGGAAUGGACAUCAUAACGUAUAUUUUCCUUAUUUUAUAUGAAAUAAGAAUCAUCAUGCUUUGCAUCCAAUGUACUAUAUUGUUAUAUUUUAUACUUCAACUUAUCUCUAUUUGUCGCAUUUGUCAAGUAACAUGCGAUCAGGCAAACGCAUUGGCCGAUACGAUAUUUUUAACGAAAACUCCUGCAUUCAAACAAACCGAAUUUUCAAGUGAAAGAAUUGAUUUGGGAAUACGUAUUCGAAUCUAUCCGUUACGCAUUAGAGUCUGUGGUUUAUUUAAUUUAGAUAACAGUUUUGCAUUCUCGGCUCAACCAGAACUAGAAAGAUGA